GAUUUACGUAGAAAAAAUUGGGCAAUGCUAGGGAAGUGGUGGUAUAGGAUGGGUGAUGGAGUUGACAGCUUGUGGAAAAGGGUGGUGAGGGAGAAAUACUAUGGAGGCAGGAGGGAGGUAGAUAUCACUGCGAUUGAGUGUACAAGGACAUCAAAGCUUUGGAGGGAUAUUAUUAGGAUAGGGGGUCAAUCUUUGAAACAUAGGAACAUGCUAGCUGAGGGUUUCAAGUGGGAGGUGGGGGAGGGUAAUAAAGUGGCCUUUUGGCAUGAGUGGUGGGUUGGAGAUAAAAAUCUUAGGGAUUUAUUUCCAAGGUUAUUUGAGUUAUCAGUGAAGAAGGAAGGAAAGGUUUCCGAAAUGGGAUAUUGGAAUGAGGGUGAAUGGGUUUGGCGGGUUGAGUGGAGGAGGGGAACAAUAGGGCAUGAGAAAAAUGAGGAAGAACUGCUGGAGAAGAUGCUGGAGGGUGUUCAUCUAAAGGAGGGGGUGAGGGAUGUAUGGAAGUGGGUUCAUGAGAUGGAAGGCAAAUAUGUGAUAGGCUCCCAACAAAGGAAAACCUUAAAAAACGUGGGAUUCAAUUUCAAGAAGGGGUUUUUUGUGAAUGUUGCAAUGGAACAGUGGAGGAAGUUAAUCAUUUAUUUUGUGUAUGCUAUAAGGCUUGGUAAAUAUGGAGCAGAAGGGGGUCACUGGAUGGACUGGGUGCGUGAUGGCAGGAACAUAGGAUCGUUAUGGUGGAGAGACGUCCGAAGACUCAAAGCCGGGGAGGGAGUGAAUGUGAGAUGGUUGUGGGAGGAUUUUAGACUCAAGAUAGGGGAAGGGAGAGGUGUUAAAUUCUGGUGGGAUACAUGGUGUGGGGAGGAGUGUCUAGCUAACAAAUUUCCUAGACUGUAUUUAUUGUCAACAGGGAAACAAAAAGAAUGUCAUGAAAUGGGUAAUGAGGAUCGAACCACAUGGAAAUGGAAUUUAUCUUGGAGACGAAAUUUGUUUGAGUGGGAAGAAGAAGCAGUUCGAGAACUCAAAGGGAUGAUUGAAGAAGUGAAGAUCACACUAGGCUACCCAAAUAGAUGGAAAUGGAGCCACAGCACAGAAGGCCAAUACUCGACAAAAAUAGCUUAUCAAAGGCUAUCAAUGCUAAGGAAGAACCCAGAGGAAGAAAAAAUCUUUAAAAGGGUUUGGAACUCCACUGUCCCUAGCAAAGUGGCUGCAUUUAACUGGAAAUCAUUGCUGGACAGAAUCCCAACUAAGUUAAAUCUGAUCAAAAGGGAAAUUAUCAAAGACAUGGCAGAAGGAAAAUGUGUCUUAUGCAAGGAAGAGAUUGAGGAUGCUGACCAUCUGUUCUUAAAAUGCAAAGUAGCUAGAGGUUUGUGGCAAGCAUGCGCAAACUGGUGGGGAACGAAUUUUACACUUCUCAGAGAUUGCUGGACAACAUUUCAUCAUUUUGGGACAUGGACUACAAAACCACACAUUUCAAAAGGGUGGGAUUGCAUCUGGAAUACAGUUAUAUGGACUAUAUGGAUGGCACGAAAUGGUAAGGUUUUUCAUGAUUCAAAGGUAAACAAAAGUAAACUUUUUGAGCUUAUUCAAUUGAGAUCUUUUGAUUGGAUUAAAGCAAAGAAAGCUAGGUGUUAUUUCAGUCUUUCAGAUUGGAUGAUUGAUCCUACUGCUUGUCUUUUAGUAAAUUGUAGAGGAAAGUAAUAUUGAUCCGAAAGAUAGGAUUAACAUUGAAGGGCUGAUUUUUGUAUUUGUAGUAAAGGUUUGAGUACCCCUUGUACUCAGUUUUUCAUCAAUGGAUUCUUCAUUUGCUGUUUAAAAAAAAAAAGUAAUAAUGUAUAUUAGGGUAAUGACGUAAUACAGGAACAUAAAGGUU